AGGAGGCCGCGCGCCGGGAGCCUUGGUAACGCGCGGGCCGCGUGUGGCGGGUGGACGUGCGGGAGAGGGGUGGCCCGCCAUGAAGAUCGAGGAGGUGAAAAGCACUUCGAAGACCCAGCGCAUCGCCGCACACAGCCAUGUUAAAGGGCUGGGGCUGGACGAGAGCGGCACCGCCAAGCCGGCGGGGGCCGGGCUGGUGGGACAGGAGAACGCGCGGGAGGCUUGUGGGGUUAUAGUAGAAUUAAUCAAAAGCAAGAAGAUGGCUGGCAGAGCUGUCCUGUUGGCAGGACCUCCUGGAACUGGCAAGACUGCUUUGGCUUUAGCUAUUGCUCAGGAACUUGGCAGUAAAGUUCCCUUUUGUCCUAUGGUUGGAAGUGAGGUCUAUUCUACUGAAAUCAAGAAAACGGAAGUUCUGAUGGAAAACUUCAGACGAGCAAUUGGAUUGAGGAUUAAAGAGACCAAGGAGGUGUAUGAAGGAGAAGUCACAGAAUUAACUCCAUGUGAGACUGAAAACCCUAUGGGGGGCUAUGGCAAAACAAUCAGUCAUGUAAUUAUAGGACUCAAAACUGCAAAGGGAACCAAGCAGUUGAAGCUGGACCCAAGCAUAUUUGAAAGCUUGCAGAAGGAACGAGUGGAAACAGGCGAUGUUAUUUAUAUUGAAGCAAACAGUGGAGCCGUCAAGAGGCAAGGCAGGUGUGAUACCUAUGCUACGGAAUUUGACCUUGAAGCUGAAGAGUAUGUUCCUUUACCAAAGGGUGAUGUGCACAAGAAAAAAGAAAUUAUUCAGGACGUUACUCUGCAUGACUUGGAUGUGGCCAAUGCUCGACCUCAGGGUGGGCAAGACAUCCUCUCUAUGAUGGGACAACUGAUGAAGCCUAAGAAAACUGAAAUUACUGACAAACUUCGAGGAGAAAUAAAUAAAGUGGUAAAUAAAUACAUUGAUCAAGGCAUUGCAGAGCUGGUCCCGGGUGUACUGUUUGUAGAUGAGGUUCACAUGCUGGAUAUUGAAUGUUUCACAUACCUGCACCGAGCACUGGAAUCUUCUAUUUCCCCCAUUGUAAUCUUUGCAUCCAAUCGAGGAAACUGUGUAAUCAGAGGCACAGAGGAUGUAGUGUCUCCUCAUGGAAUACCACUGGACCUGCUGGACAGAGUGAUGAUUAUCCGAACCAUGUUGUAUACACCUCAAGAAAUGAAACAGAUCAUAAAACUUCGUGCUCAGACAGAGGGAAUUAAUAUUAGUGAAGAAGCUCUAAAUCAUUUAGGGGAAAUUGGUACCAAGACAACCUUAAGGUAUGCUGUUCAGCUGCUGACCCCAGCUAACCUGCUUGCCAAGAUUAAUGGGAAAGACAGCAUUGAGAAGGAGCAUAUUGAAGAAAUAAAUGAACUUUUCUAUGAUGCCAAGUCUUCAGCAAAAAUCUUGGCUGAUCAACAGGAGAAGUACAUGAAAUGAGCUUACAUUAGAUGCUUUGAAGUGGCGUUAACCCUUACCCAGGGCUGGCUUAAAUAAGAAAUGUUAAUGGUUUGUCUCUUUUGGGACUGGAAAAAUAUUUAAAUGUUGGACUGCUUUGUCAGGCCAGAAUUAAAUAGCAAGCGUUCCUAUUAUAUUGUCAGUGAUAAGAUGCUCUAUGAUAUCUAUGUAACAUCUUAGUCUCCAUUUUAUGAGUACCUGUGGAAUGAAUAGCUCUUGAACCACCAGUGGUUUUUAGAUUUCAUUAUGGAAGAGCUCUAAACUGAAGCUGAUGCUGAAGAACAGUCUAUUUUCUUUAUGAAUAUCCUUUUAAGAUAGUUUCCUUUUACAGAUGAUGACUUUUUUUUUUUUUUGAAUCAAAGUUUGUCUGAAGUGGUUUAUAAUAAAGUAUUUCAAGAAUACUGGUAGCUUGCAUAUGUUUGUCCUGAGUUCUGACUUUCCUAAAGAAACAGUUGAAAUAGGUAAGAUGGGAAUCACAAUACAAAAUAUGAAUAAAGUGGGUCUGUGACACAAGAACAGAUCUGUAGCAAAGGAAAGAAAUAGUAACAAGACCUUUUUAAGGACUUUCUUGGAUAUUUUGGCCCUUCUAACGUGUUUCUCCUGAAAUAACUUUUCUUUAGGUUUUCUUAAAGCAGAUUAAACAAAUUCCUGUUGUUGUUGUAAGCUAUGUUUUCCACUAUGUUCAGUCCUCACUUUCUUGAUCAACCACUAUCAAAAAAAAUUGCAGGCCAGAAGUAUUUGAUGUCCACAUGGACAAGAGAGUUAGCAGAACAACAGUGAGAAAAAUUAACCUGGUAAUUAGGGUUUGAAAUUCUGCUCUGCAUAGAUUUUUAUGAACUUUGCUUCAGUUGCUUUUUCACAAAGCGUGUUUCCUUCUUUUGUAAGAUGUAGAUACUUUUAGUUGCCUCACAGCACUCACAAUAAAUGCUUUAAAGUUUAAGAUCUUGGCCAAAUCUAUGUAAUGUAAGUGGGUGAUCUAAGAAAAAAUGCAUUUUACUUACUAAUCUUGCAUCCUCUACUAUAAACUUCAGUGAUUUUAAA